UUUUUCCAAGAACAGAAUUAUGCAAUUAUCAUUUUUCAAAGAUAUUUUUGAAGUAACUGGAAAAUAAAAUAUUUUUGGUAUAAUGGAAAAACAAGAAAAAAUAUCGAAAUCUAAAAAAGAUACUUUGGUUAUAGAUCUAACAACUGAUGAUGAUAAACAUAUACAAGCAUCAACGAACCCUUGCAUUUCACAAACCAAAAAAAGAAAAAUUUAUAAAAAUAAACGAUGUCUAAAGGAAAUCAAAUAUAAACGUAAAUAUACUACGCUUCAAGAUGUAAUAAAGAAAGUUACAAUAAAAACCACUUCUAAGCCCAUUUCUGAAAUUAUUCCAAACGCGAAUAAUAGUGUUAUAAUUAUAGACUCAAGCACUGAUAAUAUUGAUGUAGAAGAUCCAGUGCCUAGAACGUCAGUAGAAGAAAAUGCUAAGAAAGAGAUAACUUCUGUGAUUCCAGCUAUAAAUUUGUAUGUCAAAAAUACUACUCUUUUACAUUCUAAACAUAAUACAGAUAAAAAAGAAAUUAGUUCUAUAACUCAAACUAUAAAUUUGCAUGGUGAAGAUAUUACUGUAUUACAUUCUAAAUAUAAUACAGAUAAGAAAGAAAUAGCUCCUAAAACUCCAACUAUAAAUAAUUCUGAAGAAAAAGAAAUAAAUUCUGUAACUGAAACUAUAAAUUUGCAUAGUGAAGAUAUUACUGUAUUACAUUCUAAAUGCAAUACAGAUAAAAAAGAAAAAAUUCCAACUAUAUAUAAUUCUGAAGAAAAAGAAAUAAGUUCUGUAAAUCAAACAAUAAAUUUGGAUGUUAAAGAUAUUGAUGUAUUACAUUCUUGUUAUAAAACAGAUUUGUGUACUAGUUUUGAACAGAUAUCUGAUAAUAUUAUAGACGUUUUAAGUGAAGAUUUCAGUCAAUAUUUCAAAGACCCAUUUGACAUAUCUUUUAAAGAAUCAAGUAAAAAAAUUGAGAAAAGAUUAUCGAAUACUAAAAGUAUAAAGGAUUUAAAAAAUAAAUGUCAGCCAAUAUUGAAAAAUUCUAAAAUGUUAAGGAAAGAUUUUGUAUCUUCCAGUCAAUUGAAUGUUAAUAAGCUAGAAGUACAAAUAGAUGAAAUUAAAGUCACUUCGAACGAUAUAGAUAUUUCUCUUGUAAUUACUAAAAAUUCAAAUGGAGAAGCAGUUAGCCGUUUUUAUUGGUGGGAUGCAUAUGAGGAUAUAUAUAAACAACAGGGAAUUGUUUAUUUAUUUGGAAAAGUUUACAUUGAUUCCAUUAAAACAUGCUAUUCUUGUUGUCUGUCAAUAAAAAAUUUACCAAGGAGAAUAUAUCUUUUACCAACAAAAUAUUUUAGAGAUUCAUUUGAUGACAAUCCAAGAUCAACUACUAUGGAAGAUGUAUAUAAUGAAUUCAAUGAACUUGCAAAUAAAUUAGGUAUAAAAGAAUUUCAAAGUCGACGGGUUUGGAAAAAGUAUGUUUUCAAAGAAGAUGUACAAGAUUAUACAGAAUAUUUGGAAAUUCUAUAUCCAGCAAUAUAUCCAGCUAUAGAUUCAAAUUAUACUGGUCUUGCUAUAGAUAAAAUUUUAGAAACUACUAUAUCGCCUCUACAAUUAUUACUUCUGGAAAGAAAUAUCAAAGGGCCAUGUUGGUUAGAGAUCAAAUAUCCUAUAAAAGAUCCAUCUGACAUCAUUUGGUGCAAAGUAAAACUGAUUUGUACAAAUAUGAAGAAUAUUUCUGUUAGUGUUGAUUCUCCAAAAUUGCCAUUGCCAACAAUGUUAGUUGCUACAUUAAAUAUUUGUACAUGUCCAGAUAGAGAAACUAAACAGAAUCAAAUAUUCAUGGUUGUUAUUCUUUUACAAAAUGAAUACCAGAUUGUCAAAGAUGUACCAAACCCACCUUUUAAACAAAGUUUUUGCUUGAUAACUAAUCCAAAUGAUGCUCUAUGUCCAAGUGAAGCAGAUCAGCUGUUGUCUAAUAUUUCAAAUACUCAUGUAAUAAGAUGUGAAAAUGAAAGUAUCUUACUGGAACAAUUACUUCAAAUAAUAGAAAAAACUGAUCCAGAUUUAUAUGUAUGCUAUGAUUGUAGUUAUCAAUUUGAAUCAUUAUUACAUAGAAUGUUUAUUUUAAAUAUAGAAAAUUGGAGUAAACUUGGAAAAAUAAAACAUUCUACAUAUCCUGUUACUAGGCAAAAAACAUUUAUAGAUCGAGCAAUAUCUGGCCGUCCUAUAUGUGAUAUAAAAAUUGUAGCUAAAGAGUUAAAAGUAAAAAGCGGAAGUUUUGAUUUACAAUCUCUUUGUACAACAGUAUUAAACAAGAAAAGUAAUAAAUCCAAGGAAAUAAAACCUGAGGAUUAUUUUUUAUACUACACUACAGAGAAAGGGUUAGAAGAUCUAAUCAAAUUCACAUUUGCAGACGCAUCAGAUAUUUUAUCUAUAACACUUCAACUUAAUAUGAUUCCGUUUGCAAUAGAACUUACAUGUAUAUCUGGUAAUAUUUUAUCAAAGAUAUUAGCAGGAGGCCAAAUGGAAAGGAAUGAAUUUCUUUUAUUGCAUGCUUUUCAGGCAAACGAUUAUAUAUUACCAGAUUCUUCAAAAAUAAACAAAAACAUAGAAAGUGAGAUAUCUGGAAAAAAAAUAUCAACUCAUGAAGGUGGUUUAGUUCUUACUCCAAUAAAAGGAUUUUAUACUAAAUUGAUCUUAUUAAUGGAUUAUAUCUCUUUAUAUCCUAGUAUAAUAAUAGAAUAUAAUCUAUGCUUCAGUACAAUACCUGGAGCAGCAUACACUGAUUAUAAGGAUUUAAAAAUCCCAGAAUCAAAUUCAGAACUUGGAGUUAUCCCAAAAGAGAUACGUAGACUAAUUGAAUAUAGAAAACAAAUAAAAAAAUUAAUAACAUUGUCAGAUAUUUCACCUAUUCAAAAAAUGCAAUAUAAUGCAAAGCAAAUAGCCUUAAAGCUUAUGGCGAACAGUAUAUAUGGUUGUUUAGGUUCACCACAUUCCAGAUUUUAUGCCAAAGGAUUAGCUGCUUUAAUUACAUCAAAAGGUAGAGAAAUAUUAUUAAAUACAAAACAUUUAAUUGAAAAUAUGAAAUAUGAGAUCAUUUAUGGUGAUACUGAUUCUAUAAUGAUCAAAACUAAUCUUCUUGAGUACAAUGAAGUUAUUUCUAUUGGAAAUAAGAUUAAAGAAGAAGUAAACAAAUUUUAUAGAAAUAUAGUAAUAGAUAUUGAUAGUGUAUUUCAAUAUUUAUUACUUUUUCAAAAAAAGAAAUAUGCAGCACUUGCAAUGAAAAAAUUAUCAAAUGGUCAAAUAGAAUUAUCGCAAAUACAUAAAGGUAUAGAAACAAUACGGAAAGAUUGGUGUCCAGUAUCUGUAGAAGUUGGAAAAGAUAUACUGAACAAUAUUUUUUCUAAUCGACCACAUGAUAUGAAAAUAAAAGCAAUUUAUGAAGUAUUGCAAAAUGUUUCAAAAACCAUUAAAGAGGAUCAGAUACCUUUAUCGUCGUUCAUAAUAUCUAAAGAACUUUCUAAAAAUCUUAAUAAUUAUCAUGAUAAGGGACACCCACAUAUACAGGUAGCCACAAGAUUAUACAAAAGAUAUGGUAAAAUAUGGAAAGCUGGAGAUAUUAUAUCUUAUGUGAUAUGCCAGAGUGAAACGGAUAAAUCCAUUACAAACAAAUCAUACCAUAUAAAUGAAUUUAAAGAAAAUAAGUCUCUAAGGAUUGAUAUUAAUUAUUAUUUAAAGAAACAGAUAUUACCUAUUGCAUUAAGAAUUUGUGAACCAAUUGCAGAAGUAGAUAAGAUAUUGUUAGCUAAAAGUUUAGGUUUGGAUAAUGCAAAUGAACAUAAAGGAAUAGCAUGUACAUUAAAUAAUAAUAAAAAGGAAAUAAUGAUGACUACAGCCAGAUUUAAGCAUUGCAAAGCUUUAACAUUCAAAUGUAUCAAUGAAAAUUGUCGAAGUGAAAUUACAAUUAAAAGUGUUAUGUCAGAAUCUUCUAAUGGUUAUCAACUUUUUUUGAACACUAUAUGUUCUAAUAAUAAUUGUAGAAUUCCUUUAUGGAAAAAUAUAAACGUUAUAUCUAAUGAAUUGGAACUUAAUAUAAGACAGGCCAUAAAUAUGUAUUAUUCCAAUGAGUUGAAAUGUAAAAACCCUCUAUGUUCUAAUGUAACCAAAAGGCUUCCAUUAUAUUUCUAUACAAUGUAUCCCAAAUGUGAUAAAUGUAAUGAAUCUUUUUUAUGUAGGAAAUAUACUGAAACGGACCUAUAUGAUCAAAUAUGUUUCUAUCAUGAAAUCUUUGAUAUUAAUUGUUUGCAAAAUAAAUUUUCGCUGGUUAACUAUCCAGAGGAAAUAAUAUCAGUAUACAACACACUUAGGAAUAUUGUUAACAAGUAUUUGAAAUGUAGUUCAUAUUUAAUUGUGAACUUUGAUAAAGUUUUUCAAAGUAAAUUUAUAAAAUAUACAGUGCAUGAUUCAGAUUAUGAUAUUUCUUUAAAUGAUUAUGCUCAUAUGGAGAAUAAACAAUUGUAAAUGUAUUUUAUUAAUAUAUAUAUAUAUAUAUGUUUGUUUAACUUGCGUAUUUUUUAAUUUAUAAAAUAUCUUCUCAAAGCUUAAAUAUUUAUUAAAAAUCAAAUUGAAUCUUAUAAUAAUAUAACAAAUGUUAUUAAUGAUUGGUAUAUAAUAUAAAAUAUAUUACAAUAUAUAUAGGGUUUGUGUGCACGCGCGCAUAAUCCUAAAUACAAAUAGGCCUCUAUGGCUCAGCUCGAUGUUCGUGUACAUUAACUAUUUAACUUGUUUUUUAUAAAAAGCAUUUAAUAUUAUCAAUUUCAAAAGAUCAUCUAUGUUUAAAAUAAUACUUAAAAAUUAGUUUUAAUAGACAUAUGAAUCAUGUAAUACAUGAAUUGUACAUAUUGUUACGACAUUGUGACUAUUUUAAUAUAAAUUGCUAAAAAACGAUACAAGAUAUAACGUUAAAGAAGGUUCUAUAAAGAUGGCAUUUAAUUUUAUUUACAAAUAUUGAUACAACAUACGAACUGACCACAGAUAAAAUUUUUUCCAUGUGGUAGUGUACCUUAUCAUUAGGUUGUCGAUUCAAUACCUUGCAUGAACAUAUUGCACAAUGUAUUGUUUGUUUUAUAAUUUCUUAUAGACUUUCAAUUUUUAUUACACUUUUGUUGUUUAUAAGAAGUGGGAUGAAUAUAUUUUCUUUUUUCACUAGAAAAAAUUAAUAUAUAAUAUAUAACAAAUGCUACUUAAACCUCUGAUGAAAUUAACAAUCAUGCUUUUCUAUAUCAAUAAAAUUAUAACAAAGUUUUCUGUACACUGCUUGCUACAUAAUGUUUGCUUCAAACAUUUUUUUUUCUUUUUUUUUUUUUAAAUAACUUUGUUUUAUAUUGUAAGAUUUUUUUUUACAAUUCAUUUAACUUAUCGUAUUCUUUUUCUAUAUUGUCAGUUGUAAUGAUCAUAUAAUUGUAUACAGUAAUAAUUUAUUAAUGUGUACAAUUAUAUUUUAUAACUUUCAUAAAUACAUUCAUUUGCAGCAGUGAUUGCACAUAAGUAAAUAUAAUAAAUUUUUCUUUAUCCCAAUUCGUACAUAUAUAGAAUAUACAAUAACUGACUCUUCUCAGUUGUAAAUAGCAAAAUAUAUACAUCAUGAGUCAUACUAUCUUUUUUUAUAAUAUAAUUUAAUUAAAAGAGUAAACUACAAUACUCUGCAAGCAAUUAAUGAAAUCUAAUAAAAUUAUUUAUAUCUAAUUAUUUGGUUAUUACCAAAAUGUGAUCUCUUAAUUAUUUUUAUUUUCAUGUAACAUUAUAUCUGGAUAUUUUGGAAAGUCAACAGCAUCAACAGGAUUUUUUACUUUAAAACUAGGAAAUAGUCCUGUCAUACUAGUUCUGGUGUUAUACCCUUUGGAAUAACCAUCCCAAUGGUUUCCAUAAACUUCAAUUAAAUCACCGGUCUUCAAUUCCAAUUCGCCAUUCUUUCUUGGUUUAUGAUCCAAAAUAGCUACAUGAGGAUGUGAAUUUUGUCCACCGUAAUAGUAAAUAUCAUCCAAUGAUGCAAACUUAUUGUAUGCAUCUGGGUAAUAAGUUUGCAUUAAUUCAUAUGCAACUCUACAUACUUGUGAACUAAAUGUACACACUAGAUAAUCACAUAAGGAUAAAAGAUGUAUAUCUAUAAUUAUUCCUUGUAAAGAUGAAUCUGAAUAACGUUUUGAUACUGAUGCUGUUUCAGCUAUUUCUGGAUCACCAAUAAUUUUAUAAUUAGGAUAGCGAUUUCUUGCUGUUGUAAUUACUUUUGGGUCAUCACUAGCCAAAAAUACUCGUUUUACAUCUGGCUUUGUCUCGAGUUCAUCAAAAUAUUGAUCUACCUUAGUCAUAUAUUCAUCUAUAUCAUGAUAUGCUGCUUCAGUACCGACUUUAUCGGUUCUACGAACAUGAACGCCAACAAUAGGUUUUUUGAAACCUAAUUUUUCCUUAGCAUUAUCUAAUACUUUUUGCAUACUAUCCUGAGGCCGCAUCAAGUAUUUUAACACCUGUCCAACCCACCAAACUAAUGGAUGGCCAUGAAGCUUCUUCAACCUUUCUGCUAUAUCUGCUGGUACACUGGGAGGUUGAAAUUUUGGUUUAGGAUAAACAUUAUCCACGAUUGGCAAGGAAAUAACUUGCUUAGAAGGAUCACCAGGCCAAUUAGCAUGAGAUACACCAUUUGUAGAUAAACAUGUGUCACUAAGAGGUUUAAAAACUGAUUCCCAACCUUCUUUACGAUAUCUCCAGCCUUUUGAUUUGAUUACAAGCGUUCGUUCCGUUCCAUAAGCGACCAAAAAGCAAUAAGUGAUAUGAUGUAUCUGUAAUUAAAUCGUUUAUCACAUAUAUAUUCAAAUACUAUGGUUUUACUUUGUUUUUUAUCACAACUUACUUGGCAACCAAAACCACAGCCUUUAUUUAAACUGCAUAUUAACUUCUUUGCUUUAUUACAAUCAGUAGGAUUUUGUAGAUACCUCCAUAAAAAAAAUAUAUAUUAAAUGCAUUAUAGUUUCAGUAGAAAUAUUUGAAAUAGUAUUCUACCUUACCUAAAUCGACUUUGAACAAGAUCCGAUAAUUCUUUUGCCUCUUUUUUCCGCCAGUCAUUAUAACCAUCAGCUUUUGUUAAUCUAUCUAAAUCCAUAAUAAGAGACUUCUUAUGUUCCCAAAUGUUACUUACGGCAUCUUGAACUUCUUUUUCUUUUUGUUCAAGAGUAAAUUCAUCUAUGUGCUUUUUGAAUUUUGUUAAUUCAGCACUCAUGUAAUACCUAUAAAGCAGUAAAGUAAAAAACAUUAUUACAACAAUGUUAAUCAAUUAAAUUAAAUUUUUUUUCUCUUAAAAAUAAAGUAUA